AUGCAGGAACGUUUUGACCACGAGGUGUCGUUUUCUAAUCGCCGUUUCUCAUUUUACACCAGGUCAUUCAGGAACAUCCGAAAAAGCAUUGCCGCCUCUAUUUUUGAGUAUCAUACACAUUCCCCGCGAGCAUGGCGCUGCCUUUCGGUUGGAUGCUUUGGGGAGGCGCAACGGCUAAGUCGUGCCAAAAACGAUCUUGUCUGUUUGGCAGCCUCUCUCGCGAUGUGCGGGAAUACGGCCAAGGCUCUGACUGUGCUAGAGGCAUACAUCAUAGCAACAUGCGUGUUGGCCCACGAAAAACGUUUGCGUCCAUAUGGCUCCGAGGAGCGUCAUGUGCGGCGGCUAAACGAACUCAUUGUGGGUUGGAUGAGUGGGCCGAAUUUGGCAGACCAGGUGAUGGGGCAAAGUGCACAGGCACGGAAUGAGGAGGAGUAUUACGCAGCCGUGUUGGAUGCUUCUUCUGCUGUGGAUUGGGAUACAAUUCACCGAUGGUUUAUUAUAGCCCUGUUUCUGCACGAAGGCAAAGGAUACAAACCUCCAAACGUCUUGUGGUUUCAUUAUUUCUUUGGCCUUUUCAUGAAUGGUACCCCUGUGGUAGAGGAGGAAAGUCAGCGUUCCACCAAACCACGACGACGGCAACAAAUCGCUAUGGAUGAGCUGAAUAAUACGGAUGUGGAGGAUAUUCUUCUUUCACAGUGUGAACCGAAUGAUAUUCAUUUUAUAUCUGCCAUUACGGCGUGGAAAACGCGACGGUACCGCAGUGCCAUUGCGGCGGCGACCAAUUUUUUGUCUGUGGAAGGGUGCGGCUAUAAAAUUACAGAUUCCAACAUGCGGGUUAUGACACUUUUUGUCCGUUGCAUGUCUCUUAUUGAGAUUGGAGAACGCACGAUUGCGGCCAAUGAUGCCCUUGAACUUUUGAAGAAUGAUGACCAUUUUUUCUCCAUCGUGGGCGCUAGUAUUUCUGCUUUUCUUAUGCCAUUACCCAAUGCUGUGAAAUUGGUGACGUCAUAUGAUGGGGAAACUCAGAUGCAGAACCACGUUUUUGUGCUUUGUGAAUAUGUACAUGCCUUGACGCUUGCCCAACUUGGAUGCAUGGAGGCUGCUCGGGAGGUGCUACGAUGUGCCAUGCCUUUUGCAUCGAAGUAUGAUGUAGGGGAGUGGAUGACGGAUCUCAUGCUGGUCGUUUGUACUGCUUUGGAGGAUUCUUCAACAAUUCUGAAGAUCCCGUUGUCGCCUCAUCGACAGUUGUAUAUUUCAAUGUGUCCUGUGUUUUUUGGGGGUUUUGGAAGUGGAUGCGCGAAGCUGCGGUCGAAUACACCUGCAGCUCGAUUGUUGUACCCAAAACGAGUUCCAACUUACGUCUCCGUACGACAGAUGUUGCCAUUUCACUUGAAUCGUGCCCAUCAUUUUUUUGUGGAGCGAAAAUACAUUGAGGCAUGGAGUAAUAUUUGCCUGGCUGUGGGUUGUGCCGAGGAAGUGGUUGGCUCGCUUGAAAUGGCCUUUACAGACUGUUCUCCAUUGAAUGCGUAUUACUUUGGCUGCCGUCUUGGGUUGGAGGUGCUCCAAACAGUACUGGGGGUGAUGUCACUAGGAGAAAAUGCUAUCCCACUGAAUUAUGACAGAAACUCUGCCUAUCUUCUCCUUGAGGAGGGGAAUUUACUCUGCGAGGAGGUGAUAAGAAAGUGUGCGGAAUGGUCGCAGCGUCUUCGUCAGUUUUACCCCAAUGUUCGUCUGGGAUGUAUUGCAUUGUCAAAAUAUUUCACGAUGAGUCGCACAGACUCUUUUAUUAGCCGAGCGAUUUGUCUUGCAGGACGUUAUCCAAGGUGUGUUUUGGCACAAAACUGUCUGACAUUUGCCUUGUACACCAACCAUCACAUCCCGGAGGCUGUUGACAACGCAACAAAGGCACUACAAACCUUCCCACAUUCGAGUGAAAUUGUAAGUGUUUACCGACAAAUUGUGGAGAAGGACGGGGUUUAUGUAUUUAACUACCGGACCCUUGUUCCCGUGCGUUACGCCCCUGUCUCAGGUCGAUUAUGGACGAAGCGAAUGUUUAUUCUGCUUCUACUGCUUGUCUUGAACUUUGUAUUAUUUGCACUCACUGUAAUUGUGAAUAUUCCCGGAGGCGUGGCCUAUUCGGAGUCCAUGAAGGAAAUUUCCGUGCGUUUUCAGCUUCCUUCCGUGUUUCCACUCUUCUACGCGUUGUUGAUUAUUGUGUAUGCCGUAUUAGCAACUGUAUCAGAACGAAAUCUUGUGCAAACCAUCAUGGUAGAUCUUUUCUUUCGUGACACACGGUUAAAUCGCUUGCUUUACUCCAUGCGUGGGAUCGCUCUGGUGAACGCCUUCAAUGCGAUUCAAAUUACUGUUUUUGGAAAUAAUUUCCUUUUUGAAUCCCAUUGGUACACGUUUCUUCUGUACAUGAUGUUGACGCUCGUCUUGGUGCCUUUUACGUCGCGGGUGUGGUUUCUCCCUUCCAUCGAUGAACCGAAAGAUAGUGUAUGGACAUGGUUGACGCUCCUUUCAGUCGACACGUUGUCUGCUCCGCUCUUGCUUGUGCCACACAUUGCGCUUUUUGCACUAGAGCCGUUAAUGUUUAUUGCUUUUUUCUUCUUUCAACCGGUGCUACGACCCGAUAGGUGUAACAUGGGUGGAAAUAUUCAACGGCGCCUACGGAUUCACAAUUCGUGUCUUAGAAAAUGCAUAUCUCCAUACGUUGAGGGGAAUCAAUCGCAAUUUAUUCAUGUUCGUCUCAUGUCUCUUUUAUACUACAAGACGCAUCCGAACCCCAAUACCAAAAAUCUGAUGAAUCAACAGAUAGACGAAGACAAUUACCGCAUCUUUCCGUUAAUUGACGUUUACGACAAAAUCUCAACUAAGCCCAUUGAACGGUUGACGCACGAAGAGAUUGUUAAGCAAGAAAGUCGGCAUGGCGUGAUGGACUUUCUCGCCUCAGUUCGCGGGUCGUUUAUCAUUGGAAUGGAUGAGGAGGACGAGGAGGAGGAGGGGGUUGAAGUUUCCAAUUGCCUCCCCGGUGCUGUGGGAGCCAAUUAUGGACCUGAUAUUCCAGAGUACCCAAUCGGUAACUCCGAUGCAAAGAAUGGGGCGGCGAAUGCCGUUGCCGGGGAGAAUGUCGUUAAGGGAGAAACGGGGGCGAGGGAUGAACGCCGUGGCAGCAAGGGCAUUUUUGGCUUGGGUUCGGCACAAACAUCGGGAAAGAAACGAGCCAAAGUGGCUGGUCUGAUAGAUGUCAUCCAUGGGGACGGAGAAGAGGAAAAGAAGGAUGGGGAGGCUAGUCGAAGAAGCCGAGAAUUCAACAGUAAGAAGACUCCAAAGGAGGCCAAACUUUCUGAGGACAAAAAUUCAACUGGUGACGUACCAUCCACCACAAACAGCGAUGAGGCUGCGUUCUUUUCCCCUGUUAACUGCAUGACGGGACGGGUACCUGAGCGAAUGUCAUUGCGUGCGGAUGCGAGGGAGUGUCUUACACUGCUUGCGGACACAUAUCGUGCCUCCAUGGAAGAAUUUCAAAAUUCUUUUGUCUCUCCCUGUGGAAGCAUGAAUGAGAAUGUUGCGGUAAGCAGUGAGCAGUUGAAUUACCCUGGAACAAAGGGCGCACCAGAACUACUGCGUACUCGGUUGUCUGCGUUUUCCUCUGCUGCUCGCUCAAGUAGAAUUUCUUCGGCAUUUGAUGGCAAUGAGACGUCGACAUUCUACACAAACCCCGAUUUUGUUUCUUUAGAAGAGAUAUCUUUGCUCUGUGCAUUGCAGACACUUUAUCGUGCUCUGGAUACACCAUUAUCGGAGAGGGAUUCUCAUUCAGAUUGGGCCUGUGAACUUCAAGAGAAGAAGAAAAUAGUAGAAGAGCGUCUCCUGGAGAGAUAUGAGUUGAACUCGCGUCAGUUAACAUUGAAAAGUCAUAGAUGCCUGGAACUCUGUUGUAAGAUCGCUUCAAAGAUUGUUGAGGCCGGUGAUGACGAGUUAAGUCCAUAUGCCGCAGGGAAUUUGUCACUUAUAGGGGUCAUAUUGCUUCUGCAUGACGCUUCGGGGAUAUUUGACACGCUUCUACUCAAUGGACUUCUGGACCAUUGUGUCGUUUGUGGCUUCACAGGGAUGCUUUCUCUGAUAAUGUCGCCCCGCUGUGGGGAGCGGAUGAAAUAUACUCACUGGGAGAGCUUGCUGCGUUCAUUUGGGUGCGAAUCCUCCCCUCAUCGAGUGGAAUCUCUUCAUAUUGUGUUGAGUGCAUUUCAGCAGCUUUCCGAGCCAAGUCUCAUCAAUGAAAUUGUACCGCUGUUUCAGCGUGCAGUGGAGGCUGCUCUCAGCAAUCAAAUAUCCAAAACAUCCUCAACGGCCCUUGAGAACCUUCUCUCCCGCGUUAAACGUGACGGAAAUUUGAAGGUUGACUUUUGGCAAGUCGAGGGGGCGAGAGGGCAAACGAUAUUUUCAAACGCAUGCGCUGUUGGGAAUUUAGGACUUGUUGAGUCCCUCAGGUCCCUGGGUCUCGUAGCGAACCUGAAUCGUGUUCAGAGUGAUGGGACAAACGCCCUCAUGCAAGCCGUGAUGCACAAUCACAAUGACAUUGUGCGUUGGUUCUGCGAGUUGCCCUCCGAUAUGACGGCAGAAAGCUUCAAGCACAAGCACCCGAAAAAAGGCACGGUACUUGACAUCACCAAGCGUGGUGCAUUGCACUCGAUGCUGAAAGAUGCAAUGACCAAAAAAGAAAGGGAGGGCGUGGCACCCUAA